UUUAUUUUAGCAUGGGUAAUGUAAUAACUAAUCCUGGCUCGGAAGAUGAAGACAUUAAAAAAUACCUUCAUAAAAUGAAGGAGGAGUUUGCGGGUAAAUGGGACCUCGAGUCUAAGAACGCCGAACUUGUAAAAUAUUUUGAUGUAACUGAGUACGACUUGUUGAAGACAGUUGGUACUGGCUCGUUUGGUCGUGUGAUGGUGUGUAAUGAGAAGAACGCUGAAAAGUAUCUGGCGGUAAAGUGUCUUAGUAAGGAUUGUAUCAUGGAAAAAGAGCAGCUGGAGCACACUUACUCAGAAUACAAGAUAAUGGGAACUAUUCCACCUAUGGAAUUCCUGGUAAAUCUGUUGAGUUUUGGACAGGAUAACGCCUACCUGUACAUGGUAUUUGAAUUCGUUCCCGGUGGUGAACUCUUUUCACUCCUUAGAAGUGUUGGAAGAAUACCUGAAAUAACUGCAACUUUCUAUGGCGCACAGGUUCUAGCGGCUCUGCAAUACCUGCACAACAUGGACAUCUUGUACCGAGAUCUAAAGCCGGAGAACAUCUUGUUCACAGCCAAUGGCUACCUCAAACUCACUGACUUUGGUUUCGCUAAACGGUGCUUGGGAAGGACAUUUACUCUGUGUGGCACUCCUGAGUAUCUCGCUCCUGAAAUUAUUCUCUGUCAAGGCUAUCACAAAGCAGUCGACUGGUGGGCUUUUGGAGUUUUGUUGUUUGAAAUGGUCUGUGGACAUCCCCCAUUCUACUCAGAGAAUCCUAUGGAAAUCUAUAAACAGGCGUUAGAGGCAAAGGUACGGUUCUCGUGCAAGCUUACGAAGGAUUGUAAAGAACUGAUACGAAUGCUGCUGAUGACUGAUCCAACUAAACGAGUUGGAAACUUGAGAAAAGGUGUCAAGGAAAUCGUGGAACAUAACUUUUUCAAGAGAUUAAAUCUAGCCGACAUAUUUGAUCAGAAAAUCCGAGCCCCCUUCGUUCCGGAGUUGGAGGGCCCAGGAGAUACUGCAAACUUUGAUGACUACGAUGAGGCUCCUUUGUUAACAAAAGAAGAUGAUGAAUUUAUCGAAAAGUUUACUGAUUUUCCUUGGGUAUGUUAACAGCAACAGAACAAAGGUGGCUGUUGUGAAAAGGUCUGACAACAAGAUUCAAAAUUAGAAGGUCGGCCGUAAAACUUGACAUAUUGUUAGAAGUGGAGAUUGACAGAGAUGAAAUACCAAGAAUUGCAAUUGGUUAUAGCUGGCUGCUCUCCUAUAUCAGUGUAUGUUGCAGUAAAUCCCUAUUUUGCUGAAAACCGGCUGUGUCACGAGGCUCUAUAACAGUUUUCUCUGUUAUCGCGCUCACAAUGCAAUUGUGAUACGAAAUCACAAUUCGACUCUGCUGAUAUCUGUUUUUCUGUUAACAUCACAAAAGUUUUAUGACGAUGUUUUCAUUAGGUUAUUAGAGUUCAAACUGUGAUUAUUAUUUUAAAAUCUACUGAAAUGUAUGAAGUUGAACUCUGUUUUAUAAAUUACUGAUUGGGAUGAAACAGCAUGCUUUUUCUAUAUUUUUGCUUUUUGUAAACUAACAUCAUAACACAUCUAUUUUUGGAUAAUUCAAUUUUGAGGCUAAAAGUUCCUCUUUAAUUUUCUUUUGCAAGUUCUUAAUCUUCGAUAUUAACUUAACUGCACCGAUGGUAUAUUUUCAAAAUCCAAUAGAUACAUAAAAUUGAUAGAUGUGACUAAAUUAUCGCGAAGGUCAUCGAAU